CCAAAACAUCCGGGGAACGGCAGGGUACUGACGAGACCGGAUUCAGUCAACGCAGGUGGAAGGAGACCGUGACUAUGAUCAUCACCUACUUCUAUCUCGUUGCCCUUUCGGUGUCCACCUCAUUGGUAUUCGGCCAUUCGACACACUACUCGCUGCAUCCCGACGUCAUCACCCAAUACGAGAAACACGGCGUUCUCCCUCCGUUUCAGUCCUAUCACAUUCACGUUAUGUUCAUCUUUGGCAACCCCAAAUCGAUCGACACCGCCAUGGCUCUCCGCGCUCGCUUCGUCGAACACUUCAACCUCAGCAAAACGGCCAACUGCACAGGCCUCACACAUCAAGGCAGACUUUGCAUGUUUGAAGUCGACACUACCCCGGAUAUCCACAGCCCCUUUGUGUCGGGUGAAUGGGCUGUCUACUUGCGACUGGAGGACUUUCCCGUUUGCGUGCCGUGGAUAAUGCAGAACCGAGGAGAGCUCGACAUUCUUGUUCAUCCCAACUCCGGUAUGAGCUACAAUGAUCAUAUCCACUGGCCCGUAUGGGGCGGCACACCGUGGCCGAUCAACACAGCCGUAUUUACUGCCUAGAAAUGCUGCACACGCAAUUGAAGACACGCAAUCAUGUGCGUAUGUACGGUUGGACCUGCUCGUCUAUAGCACCGCUGGUGUAGUGUAAUGACAAUGAACCUGCAACGUCUAGCAUUGACCGCUGAUGUAGUGCAAUGUAACUUACCGCAUAAAUUUUAGCAAACACGCGUAACAAGUAGCAAGUAGAGCUGGCAACCGCUGAUGCCAACGUAUUGAACCUAUAGAUUUUAGAGUCACGUAGUCUCGUGAAAUUGAAAUUGAUUAGUCGCCCAUCUGCA